AUGGCUGUUGCAUUUACACAAUUUUAUCAGUGUACUGUGAUAUUUCUUCUUCUGACAUCGUCUUUAACAUUUACUGAAGGCGGAAAGAUUCUGGUGAUACCUCAGGAUGGAAGUCACUGGCUCAGCAUGCGCUCGUUAGUGGAGAAACUUCAGCAAAAGGGACAUGAAGCUGUUGUGCUAGUACCAUCAACAAGUUUGUUUAUGAAGCCAAAGGAGCAUCAGAACUAUACAUUGAAAGUAUAUCCAAUACCUUUUGCGGAUGAACACUUAGCUCUUACACUGAAUUCAUUUAUUAAUGUUCAUUUCAUCAAACAAUCUGUUUUGAAUAUUAUUCUUACAAUGUAUCAAAGCGUAUUAGAUAUUUCCAAGUUCUAUUUUGCCAUUUGUGAGAGCCUUCUGCACAAUGAAGGCUUGAUGCAGGAGCUGAAGGAGACCAAAUUUGAUGUGAUUCUUACAGAUCCAAUUCUGAUGUGUGGACCGGUAAUUGCUGAGUAUCUUUCCAUUCCUUCUGUCUAUUUCUUGAGGGGAUUUCCGUGUGGUUUGGAUUUUGAAGCUACCCAGUGUCCACAUCCUCCUUCCUAUGUCCCCAGAUUAUUCCUGAAUAAUUCAGAUCACAUGACAUUUUCUCAGCGUGUGAAGAACUUGCUGGUCAGUAUGCUGGAGCUUUUUUACUGUCAGCCAAUUUUCAGUCCCAUUGAAGAACUUGCACGUGAAAUUCUUCAGAAGAAAGUGACUGCUACAGAGCUUCUAAGACAUGGAUCUGUUUGGCUAAUGAGGUACGAUUUUGUGUUUGAGUUCCCGAGGCCAGUGAUGCCAAACAUGGUUUUUAUUGGAGGCAUAAACUGUGAAAAGAAGGAAAAGCUGUCUCAGCUUUACAACUAA